ACAGAUAUCGGGCGGCAAGACAUCAUCAUUGGCAUGGCGUUUCUACGUGAACAUAACCCUGAACUCGAUUGGAAUGCAGGGAACAUUGAGUUUACACGCUGCCCCUCAACAUGCACCCGGCACACAGUGCAGGACGAAGAAUUACGGAGUUUGCAACUUCCCUGA